AUGGCAUCUUACAUGAAUGGCUCUACUGAGGUUACAGACUUCCUCCUGAAUUGUUUUGUCCGGUCUCCCAGUUGGCAACUCUGGCUGUCCCUACCCCUCAGCCUCCUCUUCCUCCUGGCCAUGGGGGCCAAUGCUAUUCUCCUGAUGACCAUCUUCAUGGAGGCCUCUCUGCACCAACCCAUGUACUACCUGCUCAGCCUCCUCUCCCUGCUGGACAUAGUGCUCUGUCUCACUGUCAUCCCUAAGGUCUUGGUUAUCUUCUGGUUUGACCUGAGGUCUAUCAACUUCUAUGCCUGCUUCCUUCAGAUGUACAUUAUGAAUUGCUUCCUUGCAAUGGAGUCCUGCACAUUCAUGGUUAUGGCCUAUGAUCGUUAUGUGGCCAUCUGCCAUCCACUCAGAUACCCAUCCAUUAUCACUGACCAAUUUGUAGUCAAGGCAGUCAUCUUUAUUUUGGCCAGAAAUGCACUUCCUACUGUAUUUGUUCCCCUCCUCUCUGCUAGACUCCAUUAUUGUGGUAGAAAUGUCAUUGAGAAUUGUAUCUGUGCCAAUAUGUCUGUGUCCAAGCUCUCCUGUGAUGAUGUUACCAUCAAUCGCCUCCUCCAAUUUGCUGGAGGCUGGACCCUACUAGGAUCUGACCUCAUCCUCAUCUUCUUCUCUUACACCCUCAUACUCCGAGCUGUGCUGAGACUCAAGGCAGAGGGUGCCGUGGCCAAGGCCUUAAGCACAUGUGGCUCCCACUUCAUCCUUAUCCUCUUCUUCAGCACCAUCCUUCUGGUCUUUGUCAUCACACAUGUGGCUAAGAAGAAGGUCUCCCCUGAUGUGCCAGUUUUGCUCAAUGUCCUCCACCAUGUUAUUCCCGCAGCUCUUAAUCCUAUUGUAUAUGGGGUAAGAACCCAAGAGAUCAAGCAAGGGAUCCAGAGAUUACUGAAGAAAGGGUGGUAA